AUGAGGAGGAGCAGGAGGAAGAGCAGCACGAGGAGGUGCAACAGGAGGAGGAAAGGAAGAGGACGAGCAGCACGAGGAGGAGGAGCAGCACGAAAAGGAGCAGCUGGAGGAGGGACAGGAACAGGAGGAGCAGCAGGAGAAAGAGGAGCAGGAGGAGGAGCAGCAGCACGGGGAGGAGCAGCAGGAGAAGGAGCAGCAAGAGAAGGAGCAGCAGGAGGAGAAGCAGCACGAGGAGUAGCAGCACGCGGAGUAGCAGCACGCGGAGGAGGUAGCAGCACGCGGAGGAGGAGUAGCAGCACGCGGAGGAGGAGCAGCAGGAGGAGGAGCAGCACGAAGAGGAUGCAAAAUUAUGUUGCUAGUACGUUCCUGUUAAGGUUGCUAGUAUGUUCUAGUUAA